AUGGCCAACACAUCGCAAAUAACGGAUUUGUCGUUUUCGGCAGAAGAUUUGAUAAAAUUGCAAAUGGAUCGGUUUAAACAUUUGCAGAAAAUUGAAACCAAUUAUGGAAAGUGUGCAACUAAUCAAAAAACACCGGCUUAUUUUGUGCGUCGUCUCAAUCAAAUCGACAAGUUGGCAACGGAAUUUAGAGCCUCACAUAAAGUCAUAGUGUGCAAUGCACUCGAUUCGGAUGAAAGUUAUUUCAAAAACGAUGUGUCGGUCAAUUUUGAAGAGUUGUACUUCGGUGUGUAUUGUGCGUUAGUUACGGACCGUGAUACACGGUAUCCGCCGGUUACGAGUUCAUCAUCGAGUUCAAAUAGCGGUCAAGUGAAUGUCACAUCGGCAGUGAUGCCAAGUCAACCCAUAUCAACGGUACAUUUUCCCGACAUUCCAAAUCCAAAGUUUUCGGGUGUUACAGCCGAUUGGCCUGAAUUUCAAGAUGCAUUUGGUCGGUUGAUACAUCAAAAUAUGGCACUCAAUGCGAUUCAAAAGUUUCAUUUCUUGAAGUUAGGUUUGCCACCACACUGCGACAAAGACAUUCAUUUAAUGCCGCUCAGUGCACAAAACUACGCUACGGCAUGGGACAUGCUAGUGAAACGGUAUAACAUUCCGCGUAUUUUGCAUACGAGUCAAAUGAAUACAUUAUUCUCGAUGUCGACAAUACAAAAAGAACGUUCGGAAGACUUGAAACAUUUACUUAAUACCGCGAAUGUGUGUCGUAACGAAUUGCGUCGUUUAGAAAUUCCGAUUGACAAUAGUGAUCAUUGGUUAGUUUAUCUUUUAGUGACAAAAUUACCAAAAGAAACUCAUUCGAAAUGGGAAUCUCAUCUCGGAAGUCGUACCGAUAUACCAACUUUUACGGAUUUUGAGACAUUUAUGAGUCAACGCGCAAUCACCGUCGAUGUGAUGGAAAAUCGAAACACCGUUAUGCAAGGUGCAUUGAAUACAAUCAAAUCAAUUGAUCAACCGAAACCGAACAAUUCUUCGAAUGUGUCAAAGUCGUCUCAACGAAAUCAACGAUUUGAACGAAAAUCAUUCCACGUUAUCGCUACUCAAUCAAAGGUGGAUAAGUGUGUUGUGUGUGAGGGUAAUCAUAUCCUGCGAAAAUGCCCAGUUUUUCUGGCCAAAGACUGCUUCGAACGAAAGGCUAUCGUCGACAAAAAUAAAUUGUGCCUCAAUUGUAUGAGUGGCGCUCAUUUCAUGAGCCAGUGCUCAAGCCAGAGAAAUUGUCAGCAAUGUGGAGGCCGUCACCACACGCUCCUACAUUUCACUUUCAACGGUAAUUCCGCUGCGACUACGGUAAAUACACAACCUGUCCAACGAAUUCAAACCCUUACUACCAGUAUGGCUCUGGCAAAUAAAGAACCGCCCAAGGUUCUCUUGGCCACAGCAUUAAUUCCAGUCAUCAACGUUGUCACGGGAAGAAAAUUAGUGCUGCGCGCUCUUAUCGAUCAAGCUUCAGAAGGAACGCUUAUCACUCGGCGAGGUGCUAACGCUUUGGGUUUACGUCGAACGCCCAUGGUCACUGACGUCGAUGGAGUCGGUGUUAAUUCGAAUGUCAGCACCGAAUGCGUAAGUUUUGCAUUGCAAUCCAAUCUCAAUGAAAAUUUCGAAACAUUUGUCAACAUGGCAUUCGUCAUGGAUCGAAUAACGGCACCGUUGCCGAGCAAAGAAAUUGUUCCACAGGAUUGGCCACACAUUCGAACACUUGUCCUCGCCGAUCCAACGUAUUUCAAGGUAGGUGAAAUUGACCUGCUCAUCGGCACCGAAAUGCAAGCUGCGAUACUGUUACCUGAUCAACGCAUCGGUCAACCAGAUCAUCCAGUUGCACAAAAUUCUCAUUUCGGAUGGAUUUUGUUUGGAAACACGGAGCCGCCGGCUUCUGAUUCACCGACCGUGUCACCGCACGGCAAAAUUAAAAAUUCUGUACGCUGUUUUCACACUACAGUCGACGCUCAACUUGAUACGCUUGUACGGAAAUUCUACGAUAACGAACAAGUGCCCGAAGAGCGUGCACUUUCUCAAGAAGAUCAAUGGUUCAUGGACUUCUUCAAACAGACAACAGUUCGUCAACCCAACGGAAAAUAUUUGGUGCGAUUACCAUUCAAAACCAUCUUCGAUCCAACUCAAACGAUAGGGCGUUCUCGACAAAUCGCUCUCAAUCGAUUUCAUCAGCUCGAACGAAGGCUUCAACGAAAAGAGGGUUUGAUGGAACGCUAUGCAAAAGGUAUGCACGAAUAUUUUGAAUUAAAUCAGAUUCUUCCAUCCACUACCACAGAAGAACAGCAUUGCACGUUCAACGAAGUCAAUCAGUUCACGGUUAGUGCAUGCGUUUUGGCCCAUCACCACGUUUUGAAGGAAGACAGUUUAACAACCAAACUGAGAAUCGUGAUGGAUGCUUCGGCAAAAACAUCGAACGGAAGGUCUCUGAAUGACAUUCUGUGCGUCGGACCAGCGCUACAAAAUGAAUUACCAUCCGUAAUUCUGAAUUGGAGGUUGAACAAGUUCGUAUUCACGUGCGAUAUACAGAAGAUGUAUAGAUGCAUCGACAUGCAUCCCGACGACAUCGCAUAUCAAAAAAUAUUGUGGCGAGACGAAAGGAGUGAGAUCCGAGAGUAUUGUCUUACCACCGUCACAUUUGGCACAGCGCCAGCCCCAUGUAUCGCCAUCAGUGUGAUUCAUCUCAUCGCUGAAAAUGAGAAAGCGCGAUAUCCGUUAGCCGAGAAUGUGCUAAAAAAUGAAAUGUAUGUUGACGACAUACAAACCGGCAGUCAUUCAAUUGAAAAUGCAAUCGCCAUCCGUGAUCAUGUCACAGGUGCACUUGCGUCAGCUGGUAUGGAGUUGAGAAAAUGGGCAAGCAACACGCCAGAAUUGCUCGAAUCAAUUCCAAAGGAACAUCAGUGCAGUAGCACGCUCUUGGAUAUGGAUAGCAACGAAACGGUCAAGACAUUGGGAAUGUGUUGCGAGUCUUGA